GUUGCCAACCAUCCUCUUCGCAAUCUCGGCAAUAAUGGCGAUCUUUAUCGCAAGAACAACUCAGGCAUACUUCGACAAAGAAGUACCCAAAGUUCAAACUAAUCAAAUUUCAUCACAAGGAUUGUGUCGGUUCCUAACUCAGCAAUAUCCGAAACACGGCAUGACGUGCGACAAAUUUCCACGUAUUUGUCGUCAAAAGGCCGGAAGUCCGGGACCGGAUUGUUGCAAAAGGAAAUGUGUUAACGUGAUGAAAGAUCGGUUCAAUUGUGGGAUGUGUGGAUAUAAGUGCAAGUAUAGUGAGAUAUGUUGCAAAGGGCAAUGCGUUAAUGCUUCAUUUGAUAAAAGAAAUUGUGGUGGAUGUCAUAAGAAGUGCAAGAAGGGUGAAUUUUGUGUUUAUGGGAUGUGUAAUUAUGCUUAAAUUUGUCUAAAUUUAAAUCCGUCUAAAUUUAAAUCGAGUUGCAAAAUUUUAAGUUCGAUAUAAUUUAAAUAAAAUUUAUUAAUCUAAUUAAUUAAUUCGACCUCGA